UAUUCAUUAAAUUUAUCAAUGAAAAGUCUAUAAAGUUAUGAAUAAUUCAAAUAGGUGAAAUAGAACCCCUUAAAUAAUUCAAAAAGUAAAUAGUUAUACAGCUUUUCAAAAUCUCCCAGAUUCACUUACAAGGAAAAGAGAGAGUAAAACAUUUAAAUAGCGAAUUUAGUAACUCACCAUCAUUUUACACAAUUAAAACUGAUCUAAUUUCCCCUCAUAAAGGUGUCUCUUUUGGAUCUGGCUCCAAGGUAGAUUUCUCUAAAUUGGGAACCAAAACUCCAGGACCAGGACAUUACUAACUUAAACAGCCAAAGACUACUCAAGUUAUCAAUCUGAAAAAGCAUACUAUGGGAGUUGGUAGAAUAGAAACAAAACCGAAGAGUGAGGUACCUCCAGUGGGACUUUAUUAAGUAACCUAAAGUUUAGUUUAGGUUAAUAAGGCUCCGCAUUUCGGGUUGAAGUUAUUGCCAAGUACUUGAACUUUCAUUAUACUAGAGAAUGAAACAUGUGCUCCUGGACCUGGGAAGUAUGAUAUUCAAGUAAAAGAACACUCUAAAUCAUUUGUGGCUGGUUUUGGUUCUGGGAGAUCAGAGUAGACAGUAGAGGAUACCCCUGGACCUUUGGAAUAUAGACCUAGGACUGAAAUGUCACCAAAAUAUGCUAAUUCCAAUUGGAGUAAUUGUCAAGUAACAAAGUUUUCGAAAGUGUAACGUUUUGGAAGCAAUGCAACUAUUACCCCUGGUCCUGGGAAAUAUUAAAUAGCAGGAGAAUUUGGAAUAUACUGA